UUGGCUAAGUGCAUUCUUUCUGCAGGGGUCAGAUCUCCAAAGAAGAAACAAAAUGCUGCUGCUUUCGAGGAUGACCGGAAUGAUACGGAAAAGGAUGCAACCUCGUCCGUCCGCUCCGCCAAGCAUGGCAGAAGCUACACUCGUGUUCUAGUGAAGAAUCUAAUAGCCAGGAGGAGAUCAGGAGACAAGGAUAAGAAGCAGAGCACCACUCCCUCGGCGUCGCAAAUGAAGCGGACCUUUUCGAUUCAUCAUAUGGAUUCUAACGAUUAUGUUGCUCAAGAUCCUGAAUCAAUAAAGCAAAUAACAACUGAGAGAGCUGAUAAUGUGGAGGUGGAUUCUGAACAAGCAAUUGGUCCUGGUUCUUCUUCUGCACACAGAGUGUUGCCAAUUUUGCAAUGCACAAGUGAUACUAGUGUAGGUGAUGUGGAGUUUAGAGACAACAGUUCUCCGAAAAAGGCUACACCGGUUUCGUCGUAUCGAUUUUGCAGGAGCAGGAGCAGCAUAGAUGGAUUGAGUCGUGACCAGCUGCAUGAGCUCUUGAAUCUAAUAGCAGAGGGACAGACAGAAAAUGAUGCAAAUGCUGGCACUGAACUCUAUCAGUCAAUGUUCAUGGACAUAAUGCAGAAGCUCAUGAAGAACAAGGACUUGUUCUUGAUGUUCCUGCAGGAUCAUUCGGUUUCAGAAAAGGAACUUAGGAAAUCUGGUUCUUUUCCUGGACCAGGAUGGUUCCACAUAAAUAGUCUCUCAACCUUUGAUCAUAAAGAAACCGAAAAUGGAUCGAUAGGCAAGAAACAGAAGUCCAUCCAAGAUCGAGAUUCCGACAAGGAUAAUAAAGAUCAGAAGAAUGUUACAACUGUUUCAAGACAUUUUAAGGUUCUUAAGAAGAAGAUAAAAGAUAUCAUAAAGGAAAACAACAAGGAACAAGCAAGGAUAUCUAUGGACAGUAUCUUUCACAAAAUUCCUUAUGGAGAAAAGGCAUCGAAAAUUAAGAUGAAAGAAACUGGACUUGCUUCUACUUCUAGCAGCAACAAUAAACUCAAAAGGAUGAGGAAGUCGACUUCUCUAACCGAAUCUUUAGGAAGGUACUCACAAUUGCUGGAAUCCGUUUCGAGCACAGACGCGAAAAGAUCGAGAGUAGUAGAGAAUUCAGUAGAGUCCAUUUCGAGCAUCGAAGCUAAAAGAACUUCAAACCUGAUCAAAGAGAGUAAAGAUGCACCAACAAAGAAGGCACCAAGAGCUUUGGGAAGAAUGUUCUCUCUUCAAGACUUGCAUUCAUAUUCUCUAAGCAAAAAUCACUCUCAGUUACCAUUGAAACCGGAGAGACUGGAAGAGCAGCCAAUGAAAAAGGAUGGAAGUUUGAAAAUCGCGGCAACCAAAGAACAAGUGUUGCCAAUUAAUGAGCAGAAGUUAGUAGCAUAUGAAGCAUUAGAGUUGUCCAUAAUAAAAGAUAGAAGCUAUUGCUUUGAGGAUGAUUAUAGCAAUGAUGUUCUGAGGACACCAACCGAGAUCUUGGUCGCAGACUCUCGUCAAAGUUCAGAAACAGGGAAUUUUUUUAGAGAAUUGAGCACUUGGAAAAGUCAUACCGAUAUGGUUGAGCCACAGAUUGAUUCUGACAUUGAAGCAACUCCUAGAGAUGAAAAUGUAGACGAUCUCUUCGAUGAGGCACCAAGUUUGAGAGCGAAAAAGCAUGGCUCCUUCCACAUACAAGUAGAUGAAAUGAACGAGACCGAGUUCCAAUAUGUGAGGAACAUACUCCUGAAAUCGAGAAUUGGCAGUGAAGUGACCCUUGGAGAAUGGUAUUUGCCUGAUCAACCAGUCGAUCCGUCCCUAUUCGAAGAAGAAGAAGAGUGCUCCUCUCAAGCUCUUAUGCUCCAUGGAAAUGAACUAAUUAACACAACACUGAAGCACAUGCUUCUGUUUGAUCUAAUCAAUGAAGUGUUGCUGCAGAUAUAUGACACUUCGUUUGCUUAUUGCCCUGACUGUCGGAUUCGACCGGUGCCAGUAGGCCACCGAGUCCUGGAAGAGGUGUGGGCAGUUAUUAGCCAGCAUCUCAGCCAUCAACUACUGCUGGACCAGACUGUGGAGAGCACUGUGGCCAGGGACUUCAUGAAGAAUGAUGGAUGGAUGGACCUUAAACAUGAUACUGAGUUUGUGGGUCUUGACAUGGAAGAUUGGAUAUUGGAAGAAUUGGUCGAGGAGAUAAUACUUGAUUUUGAUGAUAUAUGGAUCGAGAAAAUUAUAGUCGACUAUGAUGAUAUAUCAGACCUCGAGUUCUUAGCAUAUCAACUUGAAGGCUAG